AUGGGCCCUCGCCGAGGGCUCGAGCUCUCGGAAAAUGAUACUUCGGAUCCUCGAUAUAAGCUUUCGAGGGGUAUCGAUUUCGAGCCGUUUUCACCUUCAAGGGAGCGAGGGCUCGGAAGUCCCGAACAUCUCGAUUCGACGGCUAGAAAUUUUUCCCCAGGGUUCGCUGCCUAUCUGAAAUUCGAGGGCUCGAAAUCGACACCCCUCCAAAGCUUAUAUCGAGCAUCCGAGCCCUCGGCGAGGGUCUAUUUUCGAGUACUCGCCGCACCCCGCGAACGACCGUUUCCAUCUGCACGGCCAAAAGAAGAUCUUGAUCAACAAGCUGUGUCUCAGUCUGUCAUGGCUGAAUAUGACGAUGCAUUAACAAUCUUAAGAAAUAAGUUAAUGGCAUUAGAAGUGACAUUAGUGGAUCAGUUAGAAGAAACAAUUCAAACAUUUGAACGUAAUUUGAGUGAAAUGGUAUCAAAUUUUACGGAAUCGAUGCGUAGUAAUUUUAGUCAACUGCGAGAAUUACAAGCAUGGUACAACGAAACCAUGAUGAAUUUAUGUAUCUCUACCGUUGAUAGACUAAUGAAAGGAGAAUUAGAAGAUGAAUUUCCGGAUGAAACGAGAGAAUUAUUUGCAGAUAAAGAUACAAUAACGAAUGCUUGUCAAAGUUCAGAUGAAGUUCAUCGUACGAAAAUCGAUCAACGUGAAGAUGAAAUGUUUUCACGUAUAUCCAAUUGGCAAUCGACGAUGAUUGAUAAUAUACAUGAAGAUGAAGAAUAUAAACGAAAUAGAAAACGAAUUAUUGAAAUAUCAAGACUUAUCGAUUAUUUACGAGCAGAUAUCGAAGAUACUUAA